AUGGCAACCCAAACAGAAGAGAAACCAAGUGUGACUCUUGGUAGCACCAACGGGCAUCUGGAAAAGUACACUCAUCCUCCAGAGACCAAGCACAAGCUCGACUACGCAGAUUUAACCACUAUCGAUCUCUCCGAAUUCGACCUUCCGGGAGGGAAAGAGAAACUUGCAGCGCAGUUGAAGGAUGCUGCACAUGAAGUUGGCUUUUUCUACGUCAAGAACUUUGGUCUCACCCAGGAAGAAAUCGACCGGCAAUUCGCCAUCGGACGCGAGUUCUUUGCUCUCCCCGAGGAAGAACGAAUUCAGUAUCGGGCGCCACUCGAGGAAGGAAUCUACAAUGGUUAUCGUCCCCUUGGAUCCAUCGAGAUCCUACCAGGACUGCGCGACAACAUCGAAUUCUACAACGUCAUGAAAUUCCUCCCCCAGUAUGACCGCAAGCAUCCCGAUGUGUACCGACAGCACUGGGCGGAGAUCGAAAGGUUCCAUCGACAUGUGCAUGAGCAUGUCGCCUACAGGCUCUUCCGUUUGCUGGCCAUGAUCCUCGAGAUUCCCGAGGACGAGUUUGAAAACGGUCAUCGCUACGAGGCCAACUGCGACAGUGGUCUCCGCUAUAUGAUGUAUCGCGCGCGCUCCGCAGAAGAAAACAACAACUUCAAGGACCUCUAUUCACGAGGUCAUACGGACAAUGGAACCAUUACCUUUGUCUUCCAGCAGCCAGUCGCCGCGCUGCAGGUGAAGAAAUACGAGAACUCGGACUGGGAAUGGCUGCGCAUUCCUCCCGGCACGAUUGCCGUGAACAUUGCCGACAUGCUCUCAAUCUUGUCGAACGGAUACCUGAAAAGCGGGAUCCAUCGAGUGGUUGUGCCCCCUGACGACCAAGCAUGCAACGACCGACUGGGGCUGCUCUAUUUCGUUCGGCCAAGUGACCGACUGAUGUUGAAGACUGUGGACAGCCCGCUUUUGCGCCGAUUGGGGUACUACAAGGAGGGAAAGAAUAACGAGAUUGAUGUCCCCGCCAUUGAGUGGACUCGAGCGCGCGUUCGCAAGAAUUGGUCCAGAUCGCCAACGGAUCCAAACGCGGGUACGACUCUGGCGGGUUUCUCGGUGAAGCAUUUCCACGAUUGA